AUACAGUAUCACUGUUAGAAGUCUUGUGACAGUCUUUUUCAUUCGUAUGUGUGUUCGUCUGAUGCUAGAAAGGAAGGUCAAUUAGACUGUAUAUGCUUCAAUUGAAUUUCGGUUUUGGUUUGCUCUAAGACUCAAGCUGAGGAGAGCUUUUCUCAGAUUCUAUAAAAUCCCUGGCAUGAGGUCUGUCUGAUUCAUGACAGAAGUUUAUGUUUCUAUUGUUAGGAAGUCUGGCGGUGAAGGGUAAGCUCAAUCGGAGUAAUAAGUAAUUAGUUUACAGAAUAUGGAGUUUCCGAUGAAGGGCGUGGAGCAUAAGUACAUCGUGACAGAAGUCGGCAAUAGAGUGCACUGCGUGGUCGCGGGAGCUGGACCUCCGGUGUUGCUUCUGCAUGGCUUUCCAGAGUUCUGGUACAGCUUUCGCUACCAAAUUCCAGCUCUGGCUGCUGCUGGAUUCCGUGUUAUCGUUCCAGACACUCGAGGUGCAGGCGAGUCAGAAAUCGUUGAAGCAAGCGACAAGUACAUGUGGAAUGACAUAAUCGGUGAUAUAGUCGCCGUCUUGAAAGGCCUCAAUGUGACUGAGAAGGUCCUUGUGAUUGGACACGACUGGGGAGCUUGGUUCGCCGGGCAACUAUCACGAAUCCGACCUGACCUCGUCCGAGCCGUCGUUUAUCUGGGUUUCGUUCCUUACACAUGGAGAGCUCAACUAACCCUCGUGGAGGACUUGCGCCUUGUUUUCGGCGAUGAAGUAUAUAUACAUGUUUUCCAGGAGCCCGGGCGGGCAGAAGCUCUGUUUGCCAAGGAAAAGACAUCUUCUUUGAUGUUGGCUUUUCUCAGUCGGUGGAGCGACGAUCCCCAACUCCGUAUUCCAAAGGUUUCCUCCGACAAAGAAGAAGCCCUACCAGAUUGGAUCACAUCUGCAGAUCUCCAAUUCUAUGCAGAUACUUUUGAUAAAACGGGAUUCACACCCAGUUUGAAUGUGUAUCGCAAUCAUAAGAGGUCUACCGAGCUGAAUGCUCCGUUUAUAGACAAGAUUCUCGAUCAUCCGUCAUUAUUAUUUAAGGCUUCGAGGGAUAUUGGCUACCUACACGUUUCAAACUUUCACACAUCUUUGGAUCCAGAAGAAAUACUUGCUGCCAACAAACCUCAAUAUCCCAAUCUUCAGAAAGUCGUUGUAAUUGAUGCUAAUCACUUCAUGCACCAGGAGAAGCACGAGGAGGUAAACAAAGUUAUCAUCGAGUUUUUAAUUUCUUGCCCCCCAUCUUAGUUAAAUAUCGUCCGCCCAUGUUUAUAUAUAGUUGAGGUCAGGUUUAGGUGUCAUGAUCCGAGUUGAUAAUGUGACAGUUGUCGUAGGCCGAAGUACAUCCAUAUUCAAUCAGCAACAACUCGAUAAUUGCUCGUUAUACCUUAUUUUUGUUUAAUAUUUUGAAAUUUUUACUUUAAUGAGUCGGGCGGUCCAGCUAAGCUGGAAAAACUUGAUUGUAUUGCAGUCUGGUGUUCUGUAAGUAACUGAUCAAUAUAUGAUUAGGAUAAGGUUAGAUUCUAGCUCAAAUAAAAUACUUUAGGAAACGAUAUUAUUUAUUAAUUUCAUGAUCAAAUUGUAGUGUUUUUCGUUUAUCUUUUGCAUUAGAUGUUAUUUUUGUAAGAUUUUU